AAAGUUUCUGCGAGAGAACUUUCGCCUAAUUGCUUGCAUAACAAGUCAAUUAGGUAGACAUUUCACAGCCGAAGAAGAAGAUGGGCAGAGCUGGGGAAAAAGGCUCUCUAUAUAAAGGAAGCUUCCUGAAGAAGGGCGCUCCAUUAUCGUUCCGUUAUGUGGUCCUUCCAUCGGCUGCUGCGUCGCGAUCAACCGCUGAGAUCUUACUUCUUUGCCGUGCCCCGGCUCAGCCUGGACAUCAUGGGCUACUGGCCGAUGGGGGACGAUCUGCCCGUCCGUGCCAUAGUUCACUUUGUGAUCCUCUCCAUUGGCGUGGUCACGGAGCUGCAUGCGGGCUUCGUGUUUUUGCAGAACGCGAAGAUCACCCUGGCGCUGGAGACCCUCUGUCCGGCCGGUACGUCUGCCGUGACGCUGCUGAAGAUGCUGCUCAUGCUGCGCUAUCGUCGGGAUCUGGCCAACGUGUGGAUGCAGCUGCAAAGGAUGCUCUUCGAUGCGGGUCUGAACAGGCCGGAACAGAAGGCCAUCAUUCACGAGAAUUCGGUGCUGGCGGCGCGCAUCAAUUUCUGGCCGCUGUCCGCGGGCUUCUUUACCUGCACCACCUACAACCUGAAGCCACUGCUCAUUGCCUUGAUCCUGUACUUGCAGGAUCCCGACCAGGAGCUGCCGUGGAACACACCAUUUAAUAUGACAAUGCCGAAAGUUCUGCUGGCGGCUCCAUUCUUUCCUCUGACCUAUGCCUUCAUUGCCUACACGGGCUAUGUGACCAUCUUUAUGUUUGGAGGCUGCGAUGGCUUCUACUUUGAGUUCUGUGUCCACAUCUCGUCCCUCUUUCAGUCUCUCCAGGAGGAAACACGGGCCAUCUUUCGCCCCUUCGAAGAAUACCUAAUGCUGACGCCGGCCCAGUGCGCCCGUUUGGAGCUUCAGUUGAGGGGCAUUAUCAUCAGACAAAAUUCGGUCUUCGAGCUGACAAGUUUUUUCCGCAAACGGUAUACUGUCAUCACGCUGGCGCACUUUGUGUCCGCUGCAUUGGUAAUCGGUUUUAGCAUCUGUAAUCUGUUGACCGUUGGGAACAACAGCCUGGGCGCCCUGCUCUACGUGGCCUACACGGUGGCCGCCCUCAGCCAGCUCCUCGUUUACUGCUACGGCGGCACUCUGGUGGCCGAGAGUAGCGUCGAGCUCUCCCGUGUGGCGGCCUCUUGUCCCUGGUCAUUGUGCGCACCCAGGCAGCGUCGUGUUAUUUUGCUCCUCAUUCUCCGAUCGCAGCGAGCACCGACCAUGGCGGUGCCGUUCUUCUCGCCAUCACUAAACACCUUUGCAUCGAUACUACAAACGUCUGGCUCUAUUAUUGCAUUGGCCAAGUCCUUUCAAUAGUUGGGACAUCGUUGGAAGGCGCAAGUGCUGGAGGUAAUGUGAGCUAUAAUUUGGUAGAUUGAGAAUUGGGUAAUUGAGCAAUAGUGUGUGAAGUAUUGAAUCGAAAGUAUAUAGCUGUAAUGGAUCAGGAGUAGCAGUAGCGAGUAGAAUUAACGCGUAGCAGUAUCGAGUAUCAGUAGCGACUAGCAUUAGCGAUUAGCAGUAGCGACUAGCAG